ACCGCGCCCUGGGCGCACGGCGGGUCCCCGGUGGCCGCAGCGACCAGCGACCCGCGGAUGCUCAACGCGUGCCACAAGCCGCCCCCGCACAGCGGCUGCCGGGCCGUCGGGGCACCAGGAGCACCAGGUUGCCCAAAUGCGGGCGCCACUCUGCCUGCUGCUGCUCGUCGCCCACGCAGUGGACAUGCUCGCCCUGUACCGGAGGAAGAAGCAAGCAGGCAUUGGUCUGGGAGGCAACUGCACCGGCUGUGUCAUAUGCUCGGAAGAGAACGGCUGUUCCACCUGCCAGCAGAGGCUCUUCCUGUUCAUCCGCCGGGAAGGUAUCCGUCAGUACGGCAAAUGUGUACACGACUGUCCCCUCGGCUUCUUUGGGAUUCGUGGCCAGGAGGCCAACAGGUGCAAGAAAUGUGGGGCCACAUGCGAGAGCUGUUUCAGCCAGGACUUCUGUAUCCGGUGCAAACGGCGGUUUCACCUCUACAAAGGGAAGUGCCUGCCCACCUGUCCACCAGGCACAUUGAUCCACCAGAGUACCCAAGAGUGCCAGGAGGAGUGUGAGCCGAGCCCUUGGGGCAGCUGGAGUCCCUGCAUACACAAUGGGAAGACCUGUGGCUCGGGCUGGGGCCUAGAGACCCGGCUGCGGGAGGCCGGCCCAGCCACGCAGGAGGAGCUGGCGAGUUGCCAAGUGUUAUCUGAGUCCAGGAGGUGUCCUAUAAAGAGGCCCUGCCCGGGAGAGAGAAAUCCCAGGCGGAAGAGCCGGAAGGAUCGGCGCCAGCGCAAGGACAGGAAGUUGGAGCAAAGACCACCUCAGCCUGGCUCACAAUGACCAUCUCCAGUUCUGGCUCACGCCUUUGACUUGCUGCCCUUCCACUACGGCCUCCUCCCUUCUCCCCUGCCCUGCUAUUUCCCCACACCCUUCACUCUUUCCAUUUGCUACCCUUCCUGUCUCGACAUUAUAUUUUAUCCUUUUCUGUUUUCCUCUCCUCCCUCAGUUCACUUCCUUGUUUCUUCUUCUUUGGACCUUUCCUUCUCUCCGUGUCCCUUUUUCUUCAUUUUUUCCUGUUUUACUUUCUGUUCUUCACUAUCCAACCCCCAUACACCAACAGACAUAAGAGAGAGAGAGAGAGAGAGAGAGAGAGAGAAACUGUGCCUCUGUCCUCCAUGUGGUUCUCUAGACUUCAAAGCAAACUUUAUUUUUCUAGAUUUUUCUAUGACCCUAUCCUGACUCCACCUUUUCAGAGUUACAAUUUAUGAGGAAUAGGUUUGGGUACAACUUGGCAGGCCCUGGAAGCCCUGCUUCUAUCCAGAAAGGCCCUGCAAUCUGAGUUGUGAACCCCUCACCAGGACCACUCCUUCAAGGUCGAUUCUGCAGCACUCAGCCAGUGCCUCUGCCAUGAGGCCACCAGGAAUGGUUCCAGGACCUCCCAAGGCCCAGCCUGCACCCUUUGUCCAGAAUGGUGGUAUAGGAUCCACUAGGGCCUCUUUAGCUAGAAGUGGCCCGAAGCCCACCAGCAAAUCCCCUUACAAGUGCCUGCAACACACCCUGAGUCCCAACCCCACUCCCCAUCCCUGAUCCAUCUCCCUUUUGGAGUGCCAUGACUUUUCCCCAGCUGACCACCCACCCUCCCAAAGCCUUCGGGGACCCGUGUACAGGAUCAGGUGGGACUUUUAGUCCUGUUACUCGGUGGUCCCAAAGGCUAUUGCAGCCAAGUGGAGCUUAGAGAUGGUCCCACCCACUCCAUUCACCCCCUGCUACCCGCUGCCCAUCAUACCCAUAGAGAAACUGACGUCUAAGGGAGUAAUGGGCAAGCAUUCUCUGCCUUCACUCAGCACAGCACAUCUGUGAAGAAGCUUGAGGGUGUUUGGGGAAGCAGUAGAGAAAAUUGAUGGGUCAGCAGUUCAGCUGGCCUCCCACUUAUCCACCUUCUGCAUGGACACUCUGUGGUACCCCUAACUCUAGACAGGAAGGACACUGGGAAGAGCCGUCAGGUAGACAAACCAAUUGGCAAGUCUGUCCUUCGCCUUGGCAUUGGCCUAAAACUGCCAUUGUUGCUGGGAGGAGUCUUUGCAUUAGGGCCCAAGGGUAGCUGGGAAAGGAUACAGGCAAGAGAGAAGCUCCAUGUGAUGUAACCUCAUCCUGUCAGGCAAUGACCUUCACAUCCACCCUACACUUAGCAGGCGGGGAUCCACAGCACUGCUCCUGACCCUGUAGCUGUAUUCCUCCCUGGUCUCCCACUAAGAACAGCCGGAUCCCCUGCUUGCCUGGCCAGGGGCCCAGCUUCCCCUGGACUGUUUUCUUGUGUUGAGACUCCUGGCUACUUUGUAAAGAUAAAGAUAAAAGGAAAGAAACUCGUGAGGAUUUCUUGGGCAUCAGAGAGUGUUAGGAACCACCGUGCCCAGAGUUUCACAGUAGCAGAAUGUAAACUUCCUGGGGCAGCUUCCUCUGGAGUGAUCCGGCUGACAGGGGCCAUGGUUCAUGGGGACUGACUGGGACAGAAUUUCCACCAGAGUGCUUCCCAAGGGUCUCUCAUGCACUCCAUCAUUAAAAUGCUUGCCUUGCAAGUGUAGGACCUGAAUUUGAACCCCAGCACCCACGUGGAAAAAGCCAGGCAUAGUGGCAUGCCCCUGUGUCACAGCACUGGGAAGACAGAGACACAAAAUUCCCUGGGCUUGUUGGCCAGUCAGCCUGGCCCAAGAGGCAAGCUCCAGGCCAGUAAGGAAGUUUGUUUAAAUAAAAAAGAAAAAAAGGUAUUGGCACCUGAGGAAGAACACCUGAGGUUAUCCUCUGGCUACUAUACAGAGAGGGACAGUGUGUGUAUGUGUGUGUGCUAGCACUUGUCUGCACUUCAGCCAGAUGCUGUGUCCCAGACCCCCUCAAACUCCUGGACUAGAUAGAGCCUGAGCUUCUAGCUGUACUCCUUGUGGCCUCUUGGAACCCAGGAGCCACUGGAAAGAGCACAGGCUCACUGAGUCCUGGGAGUAACCUGAGCUCCUGGUGACCUGGUGUAAGUCCAGCCUGUGAGCUGUCAGCUGUGAGUCUGGGCCAAGCCACGUGCCCUUUCUGGGCUUCCAUUACUCCUUUUGAUGAAUGAAGAGGAGGCAAGGCUGGGCUCAGUUCAUUGUCCGCAUCUGACCGUCCAGCCACGUCCUGGGCUUUAAGGGUUUUGUUUUUUUCAAAGCUUCAGACUUCAGAGUGCUACACAGACCUAAACAUCAUGAACAAGCUGAGAAACAAGUGAGACAGGAGAAGGUAUUUAGGAUGAGUCUAGGGGAAGGGUGCCCAGAAGCCCAGGAUCUGGAUUGAUGGUCAUGGCUCCAGCUCUGACCACACAGCUCAAAGGUCUGAGUCUGGGACAGAUGGGGAAUACAGACAUGUUCUGUCUAGAGUUUUCUGCUAAGAUUCAAGCCCUUGGACAGUGGAGGCUCUAAAUUCCAUAGAGGCUCAUAAAUUCCAUACAGGAUGAGACUGGAAGGUCUCAGGCCUGCAAUUAUCUCCCUAUGUUCUUCCCCUCUGAGGUGGGGAACCUGAUACUCUGUUGAACCUGAUACUCUGUUGAAGGCUCUGGAUAUUUUUAAAUAGUUUAUAGAUUUCCCCUGGAGCCUCCACUAUAACCUGGCGCUGCAUGUACCCUCCUCCUUUUGACUAUGCUUUUGUGGUCCAUCUCUCCCACCUUCCUGGUAAGGGAAGCUCCUUGCCAUCAGCUGCAUCACCUGGACGCCUCUUGCAAGCAGAGCUGGAAAACUGCUCUACAGCUGGAUGGACACAUGGAGAUGGCCAGUGAGGCUGUGUGGCCCCUCGGUGAUGUUCUAGUGGCAGAGAGUGACACUUUGCUCCUCCUACCCCAUUCCUACUGGCCUGGACCAGGUCUUCUGAUUUGUCCUACUCUCUUCUAGACCCUACUCCACCAGACCCUUCAGCUUGGGCUGCCUGUUAUUCCCACACACAGCCACUAGAGGGUAUCACUCCACCAGGAACUGCCAGCCUGGCCAUUGCCCACUCCCUUGAACUUGGGGGCAUAUUGCUGUCCUGGGGACCAGGGAGAGGCUGCCUCCCACCUCAACUGAACAGUGACUUCAGUGGAAUGGCCUUCACCACAGCACACAGUGUCAAGACUCCAGAGCCAAGCCCCAAGCCAUUCCAAGCCCAGAACAGAAAGCUGACUUAGAAGACAGUCCAACAUUCCAGGAGAGCCACCAGGACCCGCCUGCAGACACCAACCCCCAGCGACAGCAGACAUCCCAGAUCGUUUUAAGUCAAAUCCGCCCAUGCUGUGGGACCCUUCUGACUUGGAAAUGUGCGUCCUAACAAUAAAAGCAAUA